CAAUGUGUGUUUCCGGUUCAAUUACGUCACAUUUCUACACAACAUGGCGGCCUCCUUCAUCCUACGGUCCUCGGUGCUCCGCAGGACACUGCUCGGAACACGGGGACAUACCGCCUCCUCUGCGGGGCUCCGAUGUGUCUGCUCCGCGGCUCCAGGAGCAGCCCAGCCGGUGAUUGUAGAGUCCACGGACGAGUACAGGUUCGUGGAGCGGCUCAUCCCGUCGACCCGGGUACCCACUCCGCCUCAGCACGCCGGUCCCACACCGUCAGGGUGGACCCCUCCGGCGGCCUCACCGCCGCCUCUGCCGUACAUGAUCCGCCGCUCGCGCAUGCACAACAUCCCGGUGUACACCGACCUGACCCACGGCAACCGGAAGACCACGCUUGUACGGAAAGUUGAGGGGGACAUCUGGGCUUUGGAGAAGGACGUGAGGGAGCACCUCAAGGAGGUGACGGGGAUAGACCUGCCCACUCAGGUGAACGAGGUCACAAUGACCCUGAAGGUCAAAGGUCACUUCGAUGUGGAGCUGAAGCAGUGGUUGGCAGGUAAAGGAUUCUGAGUGAACGCCUGAGGAUGAGCUCACAGGGUUGUGUGGACCUGACACACUCCUACAUGACUCUGACCCUGCUCUAUGUGAUGACCAUAGACUGUAUAAAAUAUAUGAUGAUGACUGACUCUUCUGAACCUGGCGAUGACGUCAUGAGGAAGUUAAACUCUGUACAUACCGGUCUGUAAAAACUGAGACAUUAAAUGAUUAAGCAUCA